AGCUAUAUCUUGCUUAAAUCAGGCCAUGAAUCUGUUCUUGGAGAUUGGGAGAUUGAACAUGGCUGCAAGAUACUGCAAGGAAAUUGGUGAAUUAUAUGAGACUGAACAAGACUUUGAACGAUCGAUGGAUUACUUUGAACGUGCCGCCGAUCUUUUCCAAAGUGAAGAAGUGACUACAUCUGCAAACCAGUGCAAGCAGAAGGUUGCACAAUUUGCUGCUCAACUGGAACAAUAUCCUAAGGCCGUUGAGAUUUUUGAAGCGAUAGCCAAGCAUUCGAUGAACAACAAUCUUCUGAAGUACAGUGUUAAAGGAAUUCUCCUCAAUGCUGGCCUCUGCCAGCUUUGCAGGGGCGAUGUUGUUGCAAUAACAAACUCAUUAGAGCGAUACGAGGAAAUGGAUCCUACCUUUUCAGGGACGCGUGAACACAAGUUUUUAGCUGAUUUAGCUGCAGCAAUUGAUGAGGAAGAUGUUGAGAAGUUCACUAGUGUGAUCAAGGAGUUCGAUAGCAUGACCCGCCUGGAUGCUUGAAAAACCUCUCUACUCUUGAAAGCGAAGAAUGCACUGAAAGCCAAAGAAGAAGAAGAGGAUGAUCUUACCUAAGUCUUCUCUCUGUCUUUCACUCCAUGCUUUCGGUUUGUAUUUUACUAAUUUGCAUCAUGCUGUGGUGGAACUCUCUUGCGCCUUCUUUCACCUAUUAAUAUGAUCGAUCAUUUGUAUCUACCUUGGUUUGGGAUAUCACUAUUUAGAUAGAUUGGAUUCGUUUUCUUGA